AUGGCUGCGUCUAUGGACACGCCGGUGGACAGCCCGAAAAGAAAAGCAGAUUCUCAAAUUCCUGCAGAGGAAAGUGACCUUUUGUUGAUACGACCGCUCGGAGCCGGUCAAGAAGUAGGGCGGUCAUGCAUUAUGCUCGAAUUUAAGGGCAAGCGUAUAAUGCUGGACUGCGGUAUACACCCCGGCAUGUCCGGAUUGGACGCAUUGCCUUAUGUAGAUCUCAUCGAAGCUGAUGAAAUUGACCUGCUACUUGUGAGUCAUUUCCAUUUGGACCAUUGUGGGGCUCUGCCUUGGUUUCUCCAGAAGACAACCUUUAAGGGUCGUUGCUUCAUGACGCACGCUACGAAGGCUAUCUACCGGUGGCUGCUGGCUGAUUACAUCAAAGUGAGCAACAUCGGCACCGAGCAAAUGCUUUACUCGGAGGCAGACCUUGAAUCGAGCAUGGAGAAGAUUGAAACAAUAAACUUCCACGAAGAAAAGGACGUCAACGGCAUCCGAUUCUGGUGCUACAACGCAGGACACGUCUUGGGAGCCGCAAUGUUCAUGAUAGAAAUCGCGGGUGUCAAGGUGCUUUACACUGGCGACUUCUCGAGGCAGGAGGACCGGCACUUGAUGGCUGCCGAAAUACCAAACAUCCACCCGGACGUGCUCAUCAUCGAGUCCACCUACGGCACACAUAUCCACGAGAAACGUGAGGAGCGUGAAGCCCGCUUUACGGGUCUCGUGCACGAUAUCGUCAACCGCGGCGGCCGCUGCCUCAUACCUGUGUUCGCCCUGGGUAGGGCGCAAGAGCUUCUUCUCAUCUUGGAUGAGUACUGGUCCAACCAUCCAGAACUUCACGACAUUCCCAUCUACUACGCGUCGUCGCUGGCAAAGAAGUGCAUGGCCGUCUAUCAGACGUACGUGAACGCCAUGAACGAGCGCAUCCGACGCCAAAUCACCAUUAACAACCCGUUCGUGUUCAAGCACAUUUCAAACUUGAAGAGCAUCGAACACUUCGAGGACAUCGGGCCUUGCGUCGUCAUGGCGAGCCCGGGAAUGAUGCAGAGCGGCCUGUCCCGUGAGCUCUUCGAGAGCUGGUGUACGGACCCAAAGAACGGCGUAAUCAUCGCUGGUUACUGCGUCGAAGGAACUCUAGCCAAGACAAUACUCUCCGAGCCGGAAGAGAUCACCACAAUGGUGGGUCAGAAGCUGCCACUCAAGAUGAGUGUGGACUACAUCUCUUUUUCGGCACACACAGACUACCAGCAGACGAGCGAGUUUAUUCGGACACUGAAGCCGCCACACAUAGUUCUCGUGCACGGAGAACAGAACGAGAUGGGACGUUUGAAGGCGGCCAUCGUGCGCGAGUAUGAGGACGACUUGGAAACACGCAUUGAGGUACACAACCCGCGCAACACGCAAGCCGUUGAGCUACAUUUCCGCGGUGAGAAGACUGCCAAGGUGAUGGGUUCGCUUGCUGUGCAACCGCCCGAGCCAGGACGUCAGCUUUCAGGCGUGUUGGUGAAGCGUAACUUCAGUUACCACCUCCUGGCACCAACUGACCUCGGCAAGUACACGGACAUGGUCAUGAGCACCGUGGGACAGCGAAUGAGCAUUAGCUACACGGGUUCAUUCCAGAUGCUUCACUUUUUUCUGAAUCAGCUGUCUGGUGAUGUUGAAAUCGUGGAGGGUUCAAAGAAGGCGCUGCGUGUGUUUGGAAAAGUGACAAUCGUCCAAGAGUCCCCAAGCAUGGUCGUUCUGGAGUGGAACUCGAGUCCCGUCAAUGACCUGUUUGCUGAUGCUGUCAUCACGGUCGUGCUGCGGGCGCAGUGUUCAGCCGUUCCUGCCAAAAGCCUGCCUUCCACUCUGGUAAAGGUUGACCGCAUGCAUUUCACGGAGUGUCUCAUGGAGACGCUGGCAGAAAUGUUUGGCGAGGACUCUGUCGGUAAAGUGGUCAAGGGAGAACGUAUGAUGGUCACGGUCAAUGACAGGUGCGCCCACAUUAACUUGAGGAGCCUUGAAGUUCAGUGUGAAGGGGACGACGUUUUGCAGCAGAUUGUCUCGACGGCAGUCACAAAGUUGUACAAUUCUAUGGCGCCACUUAAGGUGUGAUGUACACAUACUGGACUCACUGCAGGUUGACCGCAUUUCUUCUUCAUAUUCUGUCACCAAGUAUUGUUUUCUCAUCAUGUCAGUAAAUAAUAGUUGAACAUUAAACAUUUUGUGC